AUGUCCUCUGAUGCUGCCCACAAAUCAGCACCCAAGAAGCCGCAGGACACAUCAGCUCUCACAGCCACCUGCUGCCAGCUGAACACUCCUGGCAUUUUUCAAGCCUCUGUCUUCACACCGCGACACCGACGUGUCUCAGAACGCAGGGCAAAGUUCUCAAACCACGAGCGGCCAGCUGGGGAACAGCCCAGGCUUCCCACGGCCUUCCUGUCAGGGCACAGGGCGCUGCCAGCGGCUCACACCUGGGUGGGCCGCCUCACGGCGCUCACUCAGUUGGAGGACUGCGCGGCGGAGCUGCAGCGGUGGGGGGAUGUGGCGCAGGCUCUUAUUAAUGGCCUCUCCAAAACACCUACACAUCAGAUAAAAAUGGUGUAUCUCUGUCAGCUUUUGAUAAGAAUUUCAAAAGGAAAAAAUCUUGAAUGCCAUUUUGAAAAUGAUCAAAGAAUUUCACCUUUGGAAUCUGCUCUGUCUUUCUGGACUUUACUUGAAAGGGAAGAAAUUAAGCUGGAAAAGCUACAUGAAGAUAUUCAUCGCUUGAUUCAAAUUCAGAUUGUAGCAGUGUAUAUGGAAAAAGGGUAUUUCAAGGCAGCUGCUGAAGUUCUUGAAAGGAUAUUUUUGGACUCCGAAUCAGAUAAGCGUUUAAGGGUGAAGCUGUCAACCAUAAUUAAAAGCAAGGAUCCAUAUGUUCCCCUUCUUCAAAGCUUCAGUUACAAUCUUUUGAUAAGUAAAAUCAAGUCUUAUACUGAACUUUUCAUGAAAGAAAAUGAAACUAACUUCUUAAUACAGGCAGCCACAAAACAGGUAGAGUCUAAAGGAUUGGAAGCAGAAGCACUGGAAAGCAAAACUAUUUGUGUCAAGGAAAAUGACGGAAGUAAUUUGGAAACAAAACAAAGGCCUCGUUCAGGAUGGAAACACAGAGCACGUUGUGUUCUUCAGAGUCUGAACAACUUGCAAAAUGUGGAGAAACAGGGAGAUGCUUCAGUGUGUGGCCGAAAAAGACAGCGAUGGACUUACAAAGAAGACUUGAAACUGAAAUCAGGAGUAAAGGAGUUUGGAGUGGGUAACUGGGCUAAAAUUUUGGUCCAUGGUGACUUUAACAACCGAACUAGUGUCAUGUUAAAGGACCGAUGGAGAACACUGUGCAAGAAUGAACAAGGCUAA